AUGCCUUCAAACAUAACUAACCCUGUAGUCCUUCAUAUUCGGGACUUCAUCAACCAUGCCGAACCAGAUCCAACACGUCCAGGCAAUAGCCUCGCCAUACAGCUGCACGUUUCCCUUAAUGUGCCAUACAAAGAUAUAUGCUCUGAUGACAUUGAGCAAGAUGACAUUCCUACUUUGAUCAGAUUCUUCAAUGAACGAAACCAACCUGACUCAUACCAACAAAACGCCUUCGUCUAUGCAUCUGGCACUUUCCUUACCGACUGCUCUGAUGAAGAGGAAUUUCAUAUCCUCCUUCACGCUAACACCAUUAGCCUGGUCGGUUACCAUCCGGGUGACCAUAAGGAGACAGACUCAUAUUUUCUACACUGCCCCGAAGCUGCACAACCAACGGUAACCUUCCUCGGUAUCGUUGUUGAACGAGGUGGUCAACUCAACAGCGGCUCUACUCUUUUACAUUAUCGUCUCUUGUCAACGGUUUAUAAUGCUUCUACUCGAGCCCCUCACACAUUUCCAAUCUCCGCCUACUUCAAGAACGGCCAGCGUUGGGUCAAUUUCCCUCCGUUAAAUAUAAAUACCUAUGUAUUCAUAACGGGCCGCAUCUUCGGCGUGACCAAGGAGAAUCGUCAACUUGCCGUGAUAAUAGACGAUAUACAUUUCCUUCCAACACCAACAUUAAUGCAGCCUAUGCUCAACAGCCCACCUUCAACAACGGGUAAACGAAAACCCCUUGAUCGCUGGUCACGAAGAGCUUCCCCGGGCGCUCCGUCCAAAGUGGCUCACUUGCAGCAAAGUAGCCAGUCUUCUCCCACUGAAGCCAAUUUUCCUACCACGCUCCAACUCACUUACAGCCCUACCGAAAGCGAAGCCCCAGACGAUAACGAUAAAGAAACGCUUAUAACGUGGUCAGACACAGCUGACGAAAUUAACUCCUCGCCACCACUUACCACUCCCACUCCGAACCGACGUUCUAAGCGACCACGCAAACUAUGA